UGGAGGGCACUCAGUGUAUCACAAACGAAAGCAUUAGCACCAACAAGCUCCGAGCACCAUCAGUCUCAAGGAAAGCCUUCGGAAUUAGACAAGAGCUGCCUCUCAGCCUAGCUACAAAGCGCUCUAGACCUGCCCUGCUCAAUGGAGAAACAGAGCCUGUUUCCCUUCUGAAUUCCCCGGGCUGGGGUGGUCUCCCCUCCAGCCCCGGGAGGGAGGCCUACUUGCUCCCAGAAGUGAGGGGGGGCCCCAGAGGAUGCCUGGCUGGAGCUGGGCAUGGCCAAAGGCAGCGCCAUAAGGAAUGCCAGGUACUGGGGGGAAGCUCUUCAGAGAAGUUGGUUGCCUUCCCUGCGAUGUGCUAGGGCCCCUCCACUGGGAUUGUCAAUUUCAGCCUUGGGCCCUCUGGUCAAUUACACAAUGGCCCUUAGAGCCUAGAGCCUCUUUCCUCCUCCCCUCCCUCCCCCACCUGCUUCCUCCCUCCCCCCUUCCCCAACCCCCAUUUCUUUCUCUUUUUCUUUUUUUUUCUUUUCUUUUCCCCCCCCUUGUCCUCUCUGGGGAACUUUGUGUGGGUUCCUGGCACACAUGCCCGAUCAUGAUGGUUGUGAGUGACAGCUGUACCCAUGGCAUGAAGGCUGUGGUGGAUUAAAGACCAGAGAGCCAGCAAGAAGAGACCUGAGGGAGGAAGGAAGGAAAGCAAGAAAGAAAGAGAGGGGGAGCUGCUUUUGGAUGACAAAGGAUGGGUUUCCAUUUAAUUAAGCAGCUGAGAGGCAUGAGCGUGGUACUGGUGCUGUUGCCCACAGUCCUGCUUGUGAUGCUCACGGGUGCUCAGAGACCUUGCCCCAGGAACUGCAGAUGCGAUGGGAAAAUUGUGUACUGUGAGUCUCACGCCUUCGCAGACAUCCCCAGGAACAUUUCUGGUGGGUCUCAGGGCUUAUCACUGCGGUUCAACAGCAUCCAGAAACUGAAAGCCAAUCAGUUUGCGGGUCUGAAUCAGCUCGUGUGGCUCUAUUUGGACCAUAAUUACAUCAGCUCUGUGGACGAGGACGCCUUUCAGGGGAUCCGCAGACUGAAGGAAUUGAUUCUGAGCUCCAAUAAAAUCACCCACCUGCACAACAAGACAUUCCAUCCGGUUCCUAACCUCCGGAACCUGGACCUCUCCUACAAUAAACUACAAACUUUGCAGUCCGAGCAAUUCAAGGGUCUCCGGAAGCUGAUCAUCUUGCACCUGAGGUCCAACUCUCUGAAGACAGUGCCCAUCCGGGUUUUCCAAGACUGCCGGAACCUGGACUUUCUGGACCUGGGCUACAACCGCCUGAGGAGCCUGUCCCGGAAUGCUUUCGCUGGCCUCUUGAAGCUGAAGGAACUCCAUCUGGAGCACAACCAGUUUUCUAAGAUCAACUUUGCUCACUUUCCCCGACUCUUCAACCUACGGUCUAUCUAUUUGCAGUGGAAUCGGAUCCGCUCCAUCAACCAAGGUUUGACAUGGACUUGGAGCUCCCUCCACAACUUGGAUUUAUCAGGGAAUGAUAUCCAAGGGAUUGAGCCAGGCACUUUUAAAUGCCUGCCUAACUUGCAGAAGUUGAAUCUGGAUUCCAACAAGCUGACCAACAUCUCUCAGGAGACUGUCAAUGCCUGGAUCUCUUUAAUAUCCAUUACCUUGUCAGGGAACAUGUGGGAAUGUAGUCGGAGCAUUUGCCCCCUUUUUUCUUGGCUUAAAAAUUUCAAAGGGAAUAAAGAGAGCACAAUGAUAUGUGCGGGCCCUAAGCAAAUCCAGGGGGAGAAGGUCAGUGAUGCUGUGGAAACAUACAAUAUAUGUGCUGAAAUCCAGGUGGUUGUGACAGAGAAGUCCCAUCAGGCCCCACAGACACCCCAGAAGCCUCUGAUUGUUCUCAAACCCACUGUCUCCAUACUGGAAACCACCCAACCAACUCCCAUCACCCCGAGCCCUUCCCCGGGUUUUCCAAUGCCUGGCGCAGAGCCAGAAUAUGAGCACGUGUCGUUCCACAAGAUCAUUGCUGGCAGUGUGGCCCUCUUUCUCUCUGUGGCUAUGAUCCUCUUGGUAAUCUACGUAUCUUGGAAGCGUUAUCCGGCCAGCAUGAAGCAACUCCAGCAGCAUUCUCUCAUGAAGAGACGCCGGAAAAAGGCCAGAGAGUCGGAAAGACAAAUGAACUCCCCAUUACAGGAGUAUUACGUGGACUACAAGCCAACAAACUCUGAGACCAUGGAUGUAUCAGUUAAUGGAUCGGGGCCUUGCACAUACACCAUCUCUGGCUCCAGGGAAUGUGAGAUGAAGAAAAUGGAUCCCAGAGAAGGGAAGUGAGUUUCUCAAGAUGCCCUAGUUAGUAAGUAUCUCCAAGACUAUCUGCCUCACAAUACUUUGCUCUUUUCACUGCAUUAUGAAAAGCCCUUCUCUUUGUUUUUCCCCCUUUUGGUUGUUUUUAGAUAGACUAAUAGAAAGCUUAAGUGAUCUCUUUUGAUAAACUUAAAUGUCACUGGAUACAGCAUGGAAAGUUCAUUGUAAUUAUUAAAGAAUAUAUGGUUAUCAGCCUUGGAAGGUAAACCCUGCUAGGUGACAUGCUGCCUGAUGAUUAUUCCCCCUUCUCCUCUUCUCCCUCUAGUACUGCUUAAUAUAGCUUAAAUAUCUCUCCCCUAGCUCCCUUGACAUACAAAUAUUUGUUUUGUUUUAAGUCAGAGCUCUGCAGUUUCUAAACUCAUGCUCUUUUGAAGCUAUCCAUGUUCAAGUACAUCCCCAAAAUAGGUGAUUGAAAUAAUCAUUUACAAAACCACCCUGUAACUUUGAACAUGAUGGGAUUCUCAUUACACUUACGAAUGAAGUGCUUUGAAAUUGGGUUUUAAUUAUUUUUUUAAAGUAAUUCUUCUGGAUAAAUAAUGACAGAGAGAGAAAGCGAGGGUGGGGAGGGAGAGGGAGAAAGAAUGGUGAUUGGGUGCAAGGGCAGGGGAAGCAAAAUAUUUUUAAUGUAUUCAGUCAGUCAAACUUCUAAGUGAACAGUAGAUAUUUACUCUUAAUUUUACAGGAUGGUAAAAAUAAUGAAGGAGAUGUCUCCCAUGGAGUACUUUGAGGUUGAUGGUCAAGUCACAAAGUAGUACAAUACAUCGGGCCCGUUGUUAGAUCUCACAGUUAAAAACAAGGUCUCUACGAUUUAUAACUAAAUUGCUUGACUUAUGAAAUGGUGGACUGGGAAAUAUCUUUGACCCUUUUGUGAAACAUUUUUUCCCCCUCUAUAGAACAGGGAUAAUAACUGCCCAACAAACUUGCAGCAAUGCUGAAAUGAUUAAUGAGCUACUGUUUGGAAUCCACUCUGAACUCUUCCAUUCCGAGCUGCUGCAUAAAUACAAAAUGAUUGUUAUCGAUAAACACAACUACUGGCAUGAAAAAUGCCCUGCUCACCAUGGAUGCAUUAUUAUCAUUGUCAUUAUCAGCCAUAAGGAUGAUGAUAAUGUCCACUGAUAUGGCAACAACUGACGUCAUGAUGGUUUCACUAACAAGGGCAAUAAACCUUUCCUUUCCUUAUCUUUUAACUUGAGUUCUUUUCCCCACUCUUAUCACAGAUGGGAGCUAUCCAUUAAAAAGUAUCCCAAUGUACCUCCUCCAAGAGAUCUAUUAUCUCAUCAAUGUGGGUGCUCCAUCAGUACAUUUUGAAUUCCUUCUAUACUUUCUCAUCUUGUGUCUCUCUUGUCUGUUUUCCUGAGAACUGCAUGAAGUGUUUUAUAAACUUUAAAGUUAUUUCAUGAACUCUAUAGUCUAGAUCCACAUUAUACAUCUACUAGGAUAUUCUUUGGGGAGCAAAUAACAUUUUAUUCCUCUCACCCAGAAAGAGGGUUGACAAUAUUCCCAGUAUUGACCACAUAUAGUAUCAGGACUUUAGGCAGCAGUAGUUGUGUUUCCAGAAGUACUUUAUGAUUUAAUUGCAAAAGAGAAUGUAUGCAUUACAUAAUAUUGCAGGAGGAGACACCCUGAGACCAUUUUGAGCAACACAAGUCUACUAAGACCAAUCAAAAUAGAAUGGCCUUUUGUAAGGAAUCACUUCUGGGAACUUUAAAUACUUAGCAUUUUAGAAUGAUGACUGUGGAUCUGAAAUACAUGUGGGUGACAUAUACGAUGACUAUCUUAAGAGCGUGCAUAACUGUGUUUUUGCCUAUGUUACAACUUCCCCUACCUCUUCAGAUCUCCAUUAAAAAAUAUAAUCAUAGGGGCUGCUAGGUGGCGCAGUGGAUAGACCACCAGCCCUGGAGUCAGGAGUACCUGAGUUCAAAUCUGGCCUCAGACACUUAAUACUUACUGGCUUUGUGACUCCAGGUAAGUCACUUAACCCCAAUUGCCUCACUAAAAAAAAAAAAAAAAGUAAGAAAAUUUUAAAAAAUAUAUACAAUCAUAGAAAGUUAACUUGGGCUAUUGAAAGAUUGAGUGAGUUAUCCAGGUCAUAUAGUCAGUAAUUAUCAGAGGUAGAAAUUGACACCAUGUAUUUCUGACUCCGGGGCCAUCCUCCUGCCAUGAUGUUUAAUUCUAGCAUAUAUACAUACAUAGGUAUAUAUGACUUCGUAUACCUAUGCAUAUGUGUGUUUACAUAUAUAUAUAUGUAUAUAUAUAUAUUUGUUUUUUUCAGUAAAUCUUAUUCUUAUUAUAGAAAAUCUAAACUUUUGAUGAUUAGUUUGAUUGGUUCUAUCCUAGCUCCCAGCAUUCAGAUAAGGUAAGUUUUAAUUGGCACAGGAGACCUGGCAUUUCCCUCAAUUCUUGCUGCUUUUAUGUUGUGGCACAAUUAGACUGAUGUCCCUUUGUUCCUUGCCCUUUGUUCCCCAUUUUUAUUGAGUAAUUCAGAGAUUCCCCUUAUUUCCAUGGUCAAGAGUACCUUACUUCCUCACCUCAUGUUUGAUAGGAAAGUCCUCUAUUAGUGUCUCAUUGACUGUUUUUAUUAAAAGAAAACAAAAUAAAAAACCAGGGGUAGCAUUGAUCAUUGGAUCAAAGUGUAGGUUUUUGAGACACCAGAAAUUUGCUGCCCAUAGAGCUCAGAAUGAUGGGGGCUGCUUCCAUGGUAUUUUCCAUUGGCCUUUCUUCUCCAGGAACCACCAUUCUUAUUUGGCAGUGCUGACCUUCCAGAAUAGUUCCCUCUUCUUUUGUACUAUUACAAAAUAGCUGUAUGCUAUUCAUACUCACAACCCUUAACACCCCAUUACAAAUUUGCAAGUAACAGUUUUAUGUUUGUACUCUCUCUAUAAAUGUGUAUACACAUAUAAAUAUUUAUAUAUACAUAUAUAUUUAACACAUUCACAUAUGUGCAUGUGUGUAUGUGUACAUGUGUACACACACAUAUAUAAAUAUUUGUGUAUGUAUAUGUAUAUUAUGUAUGUGGGAAAAUUACUCCAUCUACCACCCACUACUUCUUGACCUGUUUUGGAAUUAUAGUGUAACUGUAGGUAGGACAAUUGCUAACAAAUUUUGUUAAUUUCGCCAGAUUGGGGUUGAACAAAAGCAAAAAGGAAUGCUUGCUGCUUAUUUGAGGAGAGAAGAAAUGCUCAGAUCUCAUUCCUCUACCCCAUACCACCUCUGUCAUCAUUUAUUAUUUUUUUCCCUGAAUUCAAUUUCCCUCUUCCCUCUCCCUGUCUACAGGUGCAGAAGUGGUAUUGUUUUCCUCCAGCGCUAUUGAAAUAUAUCAUCUGUGAGUUGAGGCUAUAACAUCUCAGCAGCUCUUUUAUGGAACCAAAUAUGUUUAAAUUCUACACCUAAUACUUGAAAGAAAAAGGAAUUCUAAAUAACACCCUUACACACCCUUUGCAUAUCACCAAUUAUUUAGAUCUUUGCCUCUAAAAUAGGCAGUUGACCCUCCCUUCCCCCCAUCAGGAAUAAGGAUGUAAACUGGUGUUAGGAUGUCUAACUACUAAUUACUGUUGCAACUUUGAUGCCUGUAGAAUGGGAAUGGGAAUGUCAACUGAAAGUUAGACAACUAGGAUACGAUUGUUUGAAAAUUUUACUUUCCUUCUUCCAUUUCCUCUAUUUUAGGGACUAGAGAUGAAAUUUCAUUUAUUUAUAAGAGAACAGUCAGAUAGAGCAAACUCCCACUACCAGGAAAGGGCAGCAACUUCUCUGAAAUUUAUAGUCUCAGAGAUUUGCCUAAAUCACAGAGAUUAAGUGACUUGUUCAGGAUCACAUAGUCAGUAUGUAGCAGAGCCAGUAUUUAGACACAUUUCUUCCUGGCUACCAAAGGCCAGCUCUAAUAUGCCGUCCUAUCUGUCACUCCCUUCCCUAUUAAAAAUAGAAAAAUGAGAGAAAUUUUACAAGUAAAUAUAACAUUUUUUUUUCCUUCUGUGAGAUCAGAAUGUUCCAUUUGACAUUGUUCUUGAGACUUCAACAUUCAUCUAAGGCGGUUGAAAUCAGGCUAAAUGUCCUUUUAUUUUACUUUGUGAACCAUUCCAAACUUCUUCACAUUAACAAAUUUCAUUGUGAAAUUAUUCCUAAAAUUGUUAACAGAUCAAUUAAUGAUAUAGUAAGGUGCCAUUUUCUCUUGUUUUCUCACUUUAUUCUUAUAUCUCAAUUAAGUAUCUUAAGCCCAUAUUUCCCAGAUUUGAGCAAAUUUAAAAUUCAGACCAGACAGACCUGUCAGUCACUAGAAGGAAGUUAUAUCAUGUUUAUUGUUAUUGCUUUCCUUUCUUCUUCCUUCCUUCCUUCCUUCCUUCCUUCCUUCCUUCCUUCCUUCCUUCCUUCCUUCCUUCCUUCCUUCCUUCCUUCCUUCCUUCCUUCCUUCCUCCUUCCCUCCUUCCUCCCUCCCUCCAUCCCUCCUUUCCCUCUUCCUCUUUACUUUUCCAAUAUUCCUCUAUGCAAGACCAAGAAAGUAUAGAGUGAAAAAAUAUUGGAAACAAAGAAAAGGCGAAUAAAAUACUAUGAAUAUUGGUAUCAAGGUUGGCCACACUGAUAUUUUGCUACUAAUGUUGAAUCCAAUGGAUAUGCUGUGGAAGGGAACGGUAUCAUCAUUUUUAUAUCUUAUUUCAUGGUUUGGUAUAGAAUAUUUAUUUGCAAAGUAAGCACUUUAUUAAUGACAAUCAAUAUAGAGCCCAGGAAGUAGAUAUCAAAAGUAUGCAAAAAUCAGGAAGAUUCUUAUUGUUCAGUUUCAAGGAAUAAAGAUUUUGGGGUAUUUCAUAAUGUUUAAAUUUUGAGAUAUUCAGCUACUUAUGCCUUAUAACCAUAUUAUUUUCCCCAUAUUCCUUGCUUGUAUGUGAAAAGUAAACCUCCCCCCACCCCGGGGUGGGGGGAGGGUAAAAGCCAUUUAAAGUCCAUAACUAGCAGCUCCUAUUUCCAAAAAUAUAACGAAAUCUUAUUUUUAGAAUAGACCAAGGACUUGGAGGUUAAAUUGUCUGAUGAGAUAUGGAAAUGAAACUCUAAAGGACCAUAUAAAUAUAUAUAUAAUUUUCUUCCAACUGUUAUUAUAUAAAUGUACAAUAUUUUGACCAAUAAACGAUUAUAAACAUUGGAGGCAAAAUUAGAUAUAGAUGGAGGGAGAGAGAGGGAAAAAAGGAGGGAAGAGAAGAUGAGAGAGUCUCACUUUUCUGUUUGUUCAUUUAUUACUAGUUUUUUUGAGUGUCAACUCCAUUCACAACUGUUCAAAACACAGUACCAAGCUUCAGGUAGUCUCUGGAGACAUUAUUAUAGAGUCAGAAAUUCUUGGCUAAUUGGUGAUCCCAACAGGGGCCAUAUACUUGUUUUUUUUUUUUUUCAUAGCAGAGCUCUAAAUUCAGAUUUUAGUAAUGAGAUAAAGAUACAAGGGGUUCAUUAAAAAUAGAAGAAUAGAUAUCUAUUUGCUGCAUUAUCCAAUUGAGUUGGAAGAUGAUGGAAUAAUAAAAGUAAACAUAAGUUAUUUGUACAGCUUGCUCAGUGCCAUUCUCCUGAAGGAAAUUUGUUAAACUGUUGUUCAAUUCUAUGAAUAAGUAAUUAAAAAUAUCACAUCAAAUUAUGGGGAAUGAUGCUCUUUCAGUUUUCUGUUAAUUUUUAUAAAUUCCAUUGCUCAGUGUGUUAUCAUUGCAGGAUCCAGAGAGUGGUAUUCAAGGACUACAUGUAUUGUAAGUGAUCUGUGCUGCUGGAAAUCUGUACUUAUUAUUAUAUUAAUAAUAAAACAAUG